ACUUGUUGUGCAGGGUUGCCUGAACUAUCCUCUUCUGCAAAACAUGAAGACAGUUUGUUUAGGGAUUUAUUUGAAGACUAUGAAAGGUGGGUUCGUCCUGUGGAACACCUGAGUGACAAGAUAAAAAUCAAGUUUGGCCUUGCAAUCUCUCAGUUAGUGGACGUGGAUGAGAAAAACCAGCUGAUGACGACAAACGUCUGGUUGAAGCAGGAAUGGAUAGAUGUAAAAUUAAGAUGGAAUCCUGAUGACUAUGGUGGAAUAAAAAUUAUACGUGUUCCUUCAGACUCUCUGUGGAUCCCAGACAUCGUUUUGUUUGAUAAUGCAGAUGGACGUUUUGAAGGGGCCACUACAAAAACAGUUGUCAGGUACAAUGGCACUGUCACGUGGACACAGCCAGCAAACUACAAAAGUUCUUGUACUAUAGACGUUACCUUUUUCCCAUUUGAUCUCCAAAAUUGUUCCAUGAAAUUCGGCUCGUGGACGUAUGACGGAUCCCAGGUUGAUGUAAUCCUAGAGGACCACGAUGUCGACAGAACAGACUUUUUUGACAAUGGAGAAUGGGAAAUCGUGAGUGCAAUGGGGAGCAAGGGGAACCGGACGGACAGCUGCUGCUGGUACCCCUACAUCACGUACUCCUUUGUGAUCAAGCGGCUGCCUCUCUUCUAUACCUUGUUUCUUAUUAUACCCUGCAUCGGGCUCUCCUUUCUGACUGUGGUUGUCUUCUAUCUCCCUUCAAACGAAGGAGAAAAGAUUAGCUUGUGCACUUCCGUGCUUGUCUCUCUGACUGUCUUCCUUCUAGUUAUUGAGGAGAUUAUCCCCUCCUCUUCCAAAGUCAUACCUCUGAUUGGGGAGUACCUGGUGUUCACCAUGAUUUUCGUGACCCUAUCCAUUAUGGUGACUGUCUUUGCCAUCAACAUCCACCACCGCUCUUCCUCCACACACAACGCUAUGGCGCCUUGGGUUCGUAAGAUAUUUCUCCACAAGCUUCCCAAACUGCUCUGCAUGAGAAGCCAUGCAGACAGGUACUUCACUCAGAGAGAAGCAGCUGAGAAUGGCGGUGGACCUAACUCUCGGAAUACUUUGGAAGCUGCUCUCGAUUGCAUUCGGUACAUCACCAGGCACGUCAUGAAAGAGAACGAUGUCCGAGAGGUUGUUGAAGAUUGGAAAUUCAUUGCCCAAGUUCUUGAUCGGAUGUUUCUGUGGACGUUUCUUCUGGUUUCAAUCAUUGGGACUCUAGGGCUUUUCGUUCCUGUUGUUUAUAAAUGGGCCAAUAUAAUAGUCCCAGUUCACAUUGGAAACACAAUUAAGUGA